AGUUCUCCUCGCCGGCAGCUGCCCGGCGCCGGGGGGCGGCCGCGGGGUGAAGGGGCGCCGCGGUGGCACCGCCCCUCGGUGGGCGGGGCGCUCCACCUGUCCCCUCCGCGAGGGCUCCACGUGGAAUUCCCGCAGCGGCGCAGCCAAUGAGGGGGCAGAGGGGGCGGGGCCGGCGCGCGCGGCGGGUGCGUGGGGUCAGAGGUGAGGCCGGGGAUGGUGGCCGGCCUGCCCCGAGCGCGACGCCACCUGCCCCUCUACUGGAGCCCGCCGGAGGGACGGCGACGGCAGCAGCCAUCCGCCGCAGGGAUAUCAUGAUGGCCCAAAGGGUUUUUAGAAUGCAUUUGCUGUUCUGCUUUCUGGCCGCGUUCUUCAUCUCUGCCCUAGCUGAGGAACACGGAGGAGAGAGUCAACAUGCAAAUAUUCGCCUUGAUAAGAACUUGGUACAAGAUAAAGACCACAUCAUGGAACAUUUGGAAGGUGUUAUUGAGAAACCAGAAUCUGAGAUGUCUCCACAAGAGUUGCAGCUUCAUUACUUCAAAAUGCAUGAUUAUGAUGGCAAUAAUUUGUUAGAUGGAUUAGAGCUUGCUACUGCUAUAUCACACGUCCACAAAGAGGAAGGUGGUGAACAUACCCAGGCAAUGAAAGAAGAAGAGCUAAUUAGUCUAAUAGAUGAUGUCUUAAGAGAUGACGAUAAGAACAAUGACGGAUACAUUGACUAUGCAGAAUUUGCAAAAUCACUGGAAUAAGGUUUUGCAGGGGGCUUGUUUCUCCUUCUAAGUACGUGGAAAUGUGAACCAGUAUAAUGUGAUUCGUUACUGUCUCAUAUGAACCUCUGCUGUGAGAAGGAGAGGUGUACCAGUUCCAGCUGAAUUUAUUUGAAAGUUGUAUGUGUUAAGAGAUCGGCGAACUCAGAGUAAGAGCCAUGUUUGACUAAAUGUAGCUACACAUUUGAAUCUUGAAGCAUGGAAGCAUCAACAGUACUCACAUGGGGUACAGCUGGCCAACUCUUAAGUAGCUGUGUAUUAAUACUAAAUAGAUCACAGACAAUCUAAAUUUCAGUUUUUCUCUCAUUGGGUUAUAUAGUACUUGUUUGCUUACAUCUUCUACUUAAACUUGUAAAAUACCUAGAAAGCAAGAAAAGAUUACUGCAUAUAGUUGUAUUUCAAGGAUAAAUGUCCUUUCCUUCCCACUAAUUUCAAAGGAAAUUUGCAUGUAAGUACAGGUGCUUGAAACAGCUAUUUAGAGGAAAAGCAUUUGUAUGUGGUUUGUCUGUGAGGUCCACGUGAUACCGUAUGGACUUUAACACAGUCUUUGAAGGAACUGACUAUUUUUAAAUAUGCGUACUUCCUAGCAUAUGCUUACAUGUUACAUAUAAAUAUAUAUACAUGUGGUGUUCAAGUCCUUCUUGUCCUUCACAGAUUUACUUUUAUAUCUUAAUUUAGUGAUUUUUUUUCCUCUACCUUCCAUGGUGUUUUCUUAAGGAAAUGAAAGUAUUUUUAUUACAUUUAUGUGUUGUAUUAAUGCUGUAUAGCAUUUAUUCGAGUAGCUUCUGCUAUCUCGUUUUGAAGGUCACAUUAACAGUAAACCAGUUUAAUAUAAAAGCUUAUGUUCAAUUUGGUUUUUACAGUAUUAGCCAGCAGGGUAAUCUAAGUGAGCAAUUAAUGCUGCCUUGUUAAGGUUUAAGUUCAUAUUCCUUGACACUUAAAUUACGGUAUUACCUUCAGGAGGUAUUUCAUAACUACCAGUUUCAAGAUACUCGAGUGUUUGCAAAUUAACAUGGUUCUAGGAAUGUUUUCACUGGCUUGACUUAAUACUUGAUAAGUUAAGCAGUUUAAGGCUAUUAGAGAAGUGAUGUAUUGCUGUGUUAUUGGUAUUUGGUGACUCUAAAACAUCACUGAAUCUUAAAUUGCAUUCAAUCAUUAUCCAUUAAUAGAGAAUCUAAAUGUUAGCAUAUUUCUGUAAAAUGUAUAAAGAGCUAUUUUCUGUACAAAAUUAUUCUUAUACGAGAGAAACACAUUUGUAAAAGAAAUUAUUUCCUCUCUUUAAAUGUUUGUGCAAUGAAUCCUGAGUGUCGGACUCCUUUCUUGUGCUAAUUAUUUAUUUUGAUACCGUUGUGGCCAGGAUUGUGCUGGUUGUACAAGCAAUAAAAAUAAAUCGGGGUUCAUGCACUCUGGAGCUAGGCGCACGAGGCAGGAAGUCCUAGUGAGAAACAUACCUAAUUUUCUGAUGUAUUUUUAAGCCCAUCUCUGUCACUAGCCGUGAUCUUAAAAGGAAGUUCUUCUUUCAGUUAAAGCAUUUUUUAAAUAUCCCUUUUGAGGGUAGUUUAUCUGGAGUGAAUGUUGAAUCAGAAGAAAGGGUAGAAAAUGCUUGUGGGUGGGAGAGGAGAAGAGGUUAAACUCCUCAGCUCUCAGCAUUUAAAGCAGGUUGCCUGUAAACCUGCCAACUCCUAUACGCUUAUUGCAUAAGCUUCUGAGUUUUGGAUUUGUUUGGGAUGAAAGAGCAAGACCAAGAAACUGACUUUUGUGUACUGCUCUUAAAAAUCAUAGUUUUCUUAUUAAACACAGUUUGUAAACUUAGUUCAGCAACCACCCCUGGGGCACAUUUAUAUACAUAUAUUAUGGUUAUAUGUAUAUACAUUAAUUGCUAUUGUAUGUGGCAAAAGACACGUACCAUAGAAGCUUUGUAUCAGAAAUAAUUACGAUAAAUGCAGGUAAUGCAAACAUUGUUUACCAACUAUUUUAAACUUGUUUUUAACGAUUCAGAAGUAUGUAUUAAUAGAAAAAUGAUUUACCAAAAACGGAGAACAAAAUUAGCACCUUUGAUUUCAUGAUGCAUGAAGAAAGAUCAAAACAAAAUUUUGCUUUCCUAGAAAGAACAGUUCAAGAAAUGCUACCCAAGCUGAAACCUGCAUCAUCAUGUCUUUACUCAGCCUCCU